UCUUUACCGAAUGCACCAAAUAUACAUGUUGAUCGAUCAAAUUCAUCUGUAGAAUUUCGUGAUGUUAAAUUCACUUAUUACUUUAAAGAUCCUAAAGAUUCUUUAUUAAAACCUGGCAAACUUAUAUGUGAUGGAUUAAGUUUUAAGGUGGAACCUGGUCAACGAGUAGCUAUUGUUGGUGGAAGUGGUACAGGAAAAUCAACAAUUGUUCGACUAGUUUAUCGAUUUUUUGAUGUAUCCAGUGGUAGUGUUCUAAUUGGUGGUCAAGAUGUUCGAUCAGUGAAUUUAGACAGUUUACGUCGUUCAAUAGCAGUUAUACCACAGGAUACAGUUUUAUUUCAUAAUACUAUAUUCUAUAAUCUUCAAUAUGGUAAUUUGAAUGCAACUGCAGAAGAAGUCUACGAGGCAGCUCGUUUAGCAAAUAUAGCCAAUGCAAUUAAACGUAUGCCACAUGGAUAUGAUACACAAGUUGGCGAACGUGGAUUAAAAUUAAGCGGUGGUGAGAAACAACGAAUAGCAAUAGCUAGAGCUUUAUUGAAAAAAGCUCCAAUUUUAAUUUACGAUGAAGCAACAUCAUCACUAGAUUCAAUCACUGAACAUACUAUUCUUCAACGAUUAACAGAAGUUACACUGGUGUUACAUCACUUGUCAUUGCACAUCGAUUAAGUACAAUUAUUGAUGCUGAUGAAAUUUUAGUUUUACAAAAUGGUCAUGUAUCUGAACGUGGUACACAUUCUAGUCUAUUAGCACAAUCAGAUUCAUACUAUAGAAAACUUUGGGAUCAACAACGUCAUGGAAUUUUACCUACCUACUACUACUACUACUACUAAUACUAAUACUACUACUAUAGGAGAUAAUAAUAAUAAUAAAAUCAAUGAUGUUAUCAAACAUUUAAUCCAGACAAUCAAGAGACAAACACUUCCUGAAGGCACUAUACAUACAUACAUACAUAGGAGAGAGAGAGAGAGUAGAUGAAACUUUUUUCUGAAUUUUGUAGUAUUUUUCUCAUUCACUACUACACUUGUUCAAUAUAUAAUAUAUAUAUAGUUUCAUUGUGUGUAUGAUUUUUUUUCAAUUUGUUUUCUCCUGACUUUUUUCAUUAUAAUACUUGAG